AUGACAGAGGAUCUUGCUCCAAUCACAGAGGCUCUAAAGGAGUUGUCAUCCACAACCGCAAAACUCAAGACGACUCUUGCAACCUUGCAGAUCUCUGUCCUUCAAAAAGAUGACCUCGCAGAAGCUUUUAGCUCUUUGACCCUCAAUCCUUCCUCAAUCCAAUCAUUAAAAACAGAGCUAUCAAAGGUGGCCGCCCAUUUUGCUGCUGAUUUCGUCUUUACCGGAUACACAGACUAUUCCACGUUCAAGGACAAGAUCAAGAACAUGUUCUCCUCUGCGGUCACCUACGGCAUCGACACCAAGUCAUCCAGGGCAAAUAUCAACCAUCUAGCCACACGCAGAAAGCUAGAUGAAAUGGUUGAAGGCCUAGGGAUAACCCAAGAGGGUGAAGAGGCAGAAAGGCCUUUACCCGAGGGGGAGGAAGUCAGGAAGGAGAGGGAGCAGAAGAGGAAGAGGCAGAAGGCCAAGAAACAUAGAGAGAGGGAGGAAAAGAAAAGGAGAGAGGGGGAAGAAAGAGAGAGGCAAGAGCGAGAGGAGAGAGCAAGGAAGAAGGAUGAAGAGAGGAGAAUGAAAGAAGAGGCUCUGUGUCAACUAGAACAACUUUCAAGUUCUCACGCAGAAGAAUCCGUGGAAGAGCAAGACGAUAGUGAGGCUGAAAGCUCUUCUUCAUCGGAUAAUGAAGAGGGUGAUGAGGGAGGAGUGGGAGUAGCGGUUUUGGCUCCAGAAGAGCCAGAGCAGCCUAGAACUUUAAAUAGGCACAUAUAUUUUCCAAGCCCAACUCCCAGUGCAAGCACACAAUCUGAAUCUGUUGGUCGAGCAACAAGAGUCAUUGAACAAGAGGCGCACAUAUCGAAUCCUGACCAGCCUAUCCAGCCAAAGGUCGAAUCUGCCUCUGACCAAGCAAGCCAAAGGAAAACCACAAUACAGGGCUUACCCUCUCAAAAGGGUGAUACAUUUGAAAAUAUAAGUGGCAUGUAUCCCCAUGCCACGUCACUUUCCCAUGCAGAGGAAUUGGUUUCCUCUGCACUAGACAUUUCCCAACCUUGUUCAGAGCAAGGAUUAGGUGCACACGGCUUGGAGAGUCUCGACCGGUCUCAUAGUCCAAUCAUUGAGGGUUAUCUUGUAGACUCUGAAUCUGCUGAGAAAAUUCCUCUUGACAGAAUGAUAGAGAUAAGAGCUCUGGGUUAUCGACUUCUUAAGAAGGUGGCAGACUACAUCUCGGACUUCAACAACACGGCAAAACAGGCAGCCGUCGACAUGCGUCGCUCUUUGGAAACAUUUAAAUUCAAGGAGGACGUGGAAAUCAUCAAGGCUACCAAUACUGCAUCCGACAUCGUCGAACUCUUUGACGCUAAGGUCAAAGCCAUGCCUCCAGCCAAUGUGCAGAAGCCCAAGAGGAAGUCAGUGCAGCCUACUACUUGUGCAGAAGCCUCAAAGAAGAAAAGGCUUGAUGACAAUAAGGACCCAGACCAGUCUAGCCCUCAAAGUCAUCAAGAGGGGGAGAAACAGCCUGCAGCUUUAAAAUAUACCAUUCCUACUAUUGCCCCCUCUGCCUCUACUCCUCAAGAGCCAGCUCCAGCACCAAGAAAUCAACAGUCCAGGGCUGCGUACGCAUAA